AUGGAAGCUACAGAAGAAUUUGACAUCAAAUAUUGCAUUGGCACUGGAGGUUAUGGGAGUGUUUACGUAGCAAAGCUACCUACUGGAAAAGUAGUAGCUGUGAAAAAGCUUCAUCGAAUAGAAGUUGAAGAGAAAGACUAUGAGAAGAGCUUCACUAAUAAGAUACAUGUAUUAACAAGAAUACGGCAUCGAAACAUUGUGAAAUUUUAUGGAUUUUGCUCUCAUCCAAGGUGUAAUUUUUUAGUUUAUGAAUACAUAGCCAGAGGAAGCUUAGCUUGUGUUCUUGGAAAUGAAGCAGAAGCUAUGGAAUUGGAUUGGAGGAAGCGUAUAAAUGUCAUCAAAGGGACCGCUUAUGCUUUAUCUUACUUGCAUCAUGACUGCACCCCCCCCAUUAAUUCAUCGGGACAUAUCGAGCAACAGCGUCUUGUUGGAUGCGGAUCUUGA